AUGAAAAAGUUAAUAAAAAAUAAUGUAAUCAAACUAAACUAUGAUAACUUUUUAAAGCAAUAUAGAAAAAAUUUUAAUUACGAAAAAGAUGUAAAUGAUAAAGAGCUAUAUGAACAUUUUGUAAUUAAUCCUUUUACUUAUUCAAGGCCAUUCGGAUGUUUACCAAAAAAUAUUUUGAAUAUAAAUGAACAUUAUUUAAGUGGAAUAAAUAUUUUUGAAAUUGUUGAUUAUGUUAAUAUUAGUGAACGAAUGCACAAAUAUGAAAAUUUUACUGAAGAGGAUGAAAAAGAAAAUGACGAAUUAAAAGAACUACAAACAGAUUCAGAUAUGGACGAAAAAUAUGAUCCUGAUAUAAAGGGUAAAACAAGUAAAAAAAAAAAAAAAAAUACAAAGCUAUACUUCGAAUCUAAAAAGGAUAAUAAUUAUAUAAAAAGUAACAAAUAUAAAAGAGUUUAUCGUUUUUUACUAUUUGAUGGAGAAAGUUUUAUUUAUGCAUAUGAACAUGAAUAUAAUGAGAAUUUUAAUUAUUUAGAAAAUAAUAAAUAUAUAUAUCCUAAAAUUAUCUUAUAUAAUAAUCCUAUUAUUAAACGAGGAGUAUUAUUAUUAAAAAAAAAUCAAACAUUUAUAUUAUUUAAAGGUCAUACAAUAUCAGAAUCUUUUUUAGACGAUAAAGAAGCUCAAGAAGAUGAAAUAAAAGGAGAAUAUAAAAUUAUAAAUUUAGAGGAUAAUUAUAAUGAAUAUGAAUACAUAAAAAGUAAAUCUAAUACUUUUGAAAAUAACCUAAAUGAAAAUACAUGUGAUUCAAUGGGAAAAAAUUAUAAUACAGAUAAAUAUAAUAAUAAAGAUGAAUAUAAAAAAAGUUUCAAAAAUGAAAACAGUAUGAAAUUAAAUUAUAAAAAUACCAUUAUUCAUUAUAAUGAGAAUAAUAAGAAUAGUUAUAACACUUUAAGUAAUGAAAUUAUAAAUAAGCACGAAGACGACUAUUUCAUUAAAAGAAAAAAUAAUAUAGAAAAUUAUAGGAGUAACUAUUAUAAUGAAAACAAUUGUAACAUUGAAAGUAGUGAUCAUAAUAUUAAUAAAAAUAAUAAUAAUUUUAAUAAUACAGAUAGCUUUAUUAAUACUAAUGAUAAUACUGCUAUCAAUAAAAAUAAUAAUCUUAACAGUAAAGAAAAUAAUUACUAUUCGAAUAAAUUUGAUAAUAAUAAUUAUUUUAGAAAAAAUGAUAAUGAUUAUUUUAGAAAAAAUGAUAAUGAUUAUUUUAGAAAAAAUGAUAAUGAUUAUUUUAGAAAAAAUGAUAGUGAUUAUUUUAGAAAAAAUGAUAAUGAUUAUUCUAGAAAAAAUGAUAAUGAUUAUUUUAGAAAAAAUGAUAAUGAUUAUUUUAGAAAAAAUGACAGUGAUUAUUUUAGAAAAAAUGAUAGUGAUUAUUUUAGAAAAAAUGACAGUGAUUAUUUUAGAAAAAAUGAUAAUGAUUAUUUUAGAAAAAAUGAUAAUUAUUAUUCUAACAAAUAUGAUAAUAAUAAUAAUUAUUCUGGAAAAAAUGAUAACGAUUAUUUGAAAAAAUAUGAUAAUGAUUAUCCUAAUAAAUAUGAUAAUUAUUAUUCUAACAAAUAUUAUAAUAAUGUUUAUCUUAAUAAAUAUGAUAAUGAUUAUUCUAACAAAUAUAAUAGUGAUCAUACUAACAAAUACGAUAAUGAUAACUAUCCUAGAAAAUGCAGUAAUGAUUAUUCUAGAAAAUAUGAUAGUAAUUAUCCAGACAAACAUGAUGUUGAAUAUUAUAACAAAUGUGAUAAUUAUUAUUCUGAAAAAUACGAUAUUAAUAAAAAUAUUAGGAAACAUAGUAAUGAUUAUUUUAAUAAUAAUGAUAAUGAAUUUUAUAUUAAGUAUAAUAGUGAUUAUUCUAACAAAUAUGAUAAUGACUUUUCUAUCAAGAAUAAUAAUGAUUAUUUUAACAAAUAUAAUAGUAAUAAUAAUUUUAGAAAGUAUGAUAAUAAUUAUUCAUUAAAUUAUGAUAGUAAUUAUUUUAACAAAUGCAAUGAUAAUUAUUAUAAAAUAUGUGAUAAUGAUUAUUUUAGAAAAUAUGAUAGGAAUGAUUACUAUAACAAAUAUGAUAGUAAUAAUAACUUAACAGAUCAUAAUAAUAAUUACUCUAAUAGAUACAGUGAUAAUUAUUCAAGAAAAUACGAUAACCAUUCGAGUGCUUGUGUUAAUAACCAUUCUAGAAAAAAUAAUAAUAGUUACUCUAACAAUUACGAAAAUAAUUAUACGAGAAAAUAUGAUAAUAACUGUUGGAACAAAUAUUAUAAUAUUACAAGUACUUCUAAGCAGAUAUGUGAAGAAAUAAAUUAUAUAAGUUGUAGUAAUGAAAGAAAUGAACAGAAUCAUCAUAAAUUGAAUAAUAGAUUGAAUAUAAAAAAUUAUGAUCAUCAUGGAAACAUAGAGAACACAAAUAAUAAAGAUAAUGAAAGUACAAAUAAUUUUAAUGAAACAAAUAAUGUAAUCCAAAUGUAUAAUAAUUAUACGAAAAAUGGCACAGAAAAGGAUGAUAAAAAUAUAUAUAUUGAAAAAACAGAAAUAAAUAUUUUUACAAAAGAAAUAAAUAAUAAUUCAAUAAAUUCCAAAGAAAGACAAUUUGAAAGAACAAAUUCCCCUUUAUAUAACCAAAAACAGGAUAGUAUGUGUCGUAAUAAUUUAAUUGAUAGAAAUAAUUCUGAAUACAUUAAGAAUUCUUAUAACAAAAAAAACGAAUUUUACCAUAACACAGUUGAUUUGGAACAAACUGAUCGAAACCUUCAAAAUAUUUAUAAAACUCAACAAAUAAGUAUUAUUAGUAAUAAUUCAGAUGAAUUAAAAAAAAAAAAUGAAUUCAAUGAAAGUAAUAAAAGCAAAAAUUGUGGAAAUUUAAAAAAUAAUAAUGAAUUAAUAGAUUUAACAGAAGGGUUUUUUUCAUCCGAAUUUUUUCAUAAGCCUAAUGAAUUAAAUAAAAUAAGUAAUAAUGAUGUCAUUAUAUUAGAUGAUUAA